UGUGGUUUGGGUGGGGGAAGCUUUAACGAAAAGGAACUGAACUAAAGAGCUAAUAAGCAAGAGAGAAGUUUGAAAGAUCAAGAAACAAAGCAAAGGCAUUUACGUAGAGCAACUGUCUACUAGAGUUCAGCUAACUGAAUGAAUGUAUAAUGAGUUGCAAUUGAACUACAGAGUGAGCGAUUCACAAUUGCAAAAAAUUAUCAGCCUUCUAAAGUGGCUUAACUUGCUUGGAAAUGCCCCAGAUCUACCAACAACUAUAAGAAGAGACACCGUUUUUUGGGGGAAGCUUGAUUUGACUUCUGUUGGUUAACUUCCUUCCUGACUCUUGAAGACCUAUGCUGUUUUAGGUACCUGCACUUGAGUUCAGCGUGUGAGUGUCUGAAAUCUCUCAGAAAAGAAAGCAAAAAUGAUGCCUGCCACACUUUUGCCUAACACAGAGAGUUCCCUUUUGCCUCCAGGAAGUGCUAUUCUGGAAGGGAACCCUUCAGGGACUUAUACUGCCAUCCUAAACAGAAAUCACUAUGUCAUCGACUCCCAGAAAUACAAAACCUUUCAUGAAUUGCGGGAUAAAUAUUUUAAAAAGGACAUCCUUUUUGAAGACCCUGUAUUCCCUGCAGAUGACUCUUCCCUGUUUUAUAGCCAGCAGUACCCAAUUACAUUUGAAUGGAAAAGACCACAUGAGAUUUGUGAAAAUCCACAGUUCAUAGUUGGGGGAGCCAACAGGACAGACAUCUGUCAAGGAGAUCUGGGUGACUGCUGGUUUCUGGCUGCUAUUGCCUGUUUGACUUUGAAUGAAAAGAUUCUUUAUCGAGUGAUACCACCUGACCAGAAUUUUACAGAGAACUAUGCUGGAAUUUUCCAUUUUCAGUUUUGGCGAUAUGGUGACUGGGUGGAUGUGGUCAUUGAUGACCGAAUCCCAACUUUUAACAACCAGCUGGUGUUCACCAAAUCUGCUGAACGAAAUGAGUUCUGGAGUGCACUUCUGGAGAAGGCUUAUGCAAAGCUACAUGGUUCAUAUGAAGCUCUGAAAGGAGGAAACACCACUGAGGCAAUGGAAGAUUUUACAGGUGGAGUCACAGAAUUCUUUGAGAUGAAAGAGGCCCCCAAAGACCUCUUUAAUAUUCUGAAAAAGGCUCUGGACAGGGCAUCCCUCAUGGGCUGUUCUAUAGAUGAUACAAUAUUGGGUUGCACCCCUGGUGUCCCUUCACCUGACAUGAUUGGCAAGGUGAUUGAUCAAAUGCUCAGCGAUGCCAACCUGGGGAAAAAAGCAGGCGAUCAUCCCAUAGGGUCAUUGGUUCCAGCUCGAUUUGAGACACGAACAGCUACUGGAUUGGUCAAGGGUCAUGCCUAUUCUAUCACUGGGGUGGAGGAGACACAAUACAAGGACUCCAAAGUGCGACUGGUCAGACUAAGGAAUCCCUGGGGACAGGUGGAAUGGAAUGGGCCCUGGAGUGACAAUUCCAAAGAGUGGACUAUAAUCAAAAAGAGUGAGAAGGACAGACUACAGCACCAGAUUGCGGAGGAUGGAGAGUUCUGGAUUUCAUUUGAAGAGUUUAAAAAGAACUUCACCAAGAUAGAGAUCUGUAAUUUAACCCCAGACGCCCUGGAAGAUGACAAAGUUCACAAGUGGACGGUUUCAGUGAAUGAAGGUCGCUGGGUCCGUGGAUGCUCUGCUGGAGGCUGUCGAAAUUAUCCUGAUACAUUCUGGACCAAUCCUCAAUAUCGCUUGAAGCUUCUAGAAGAAGAUGAUGACCCAGAGGACAAUGAAGUUGCUUGCACUUUUGUGGUAGCUCUUAUGCAGAAGAACCGCAGGAAAGAGAGGAAAAUGGGGGCUAAUCUCUUCACGAUUGGUUUUGCCAUCUAUGAGGUGCCCAAAGAGAUGCAUGGAAACAAACAGCAUAUGUCCAAGGACUUCUUCUUGUACAAUGCCUCCAAGGCCCGGUGCAAGUCUUACAUUAACUUGAGGGAAGUGGCGCAGCGUUUCCGUUUGACACCAGGGGAGUAUGUGAUUAUACCCUCUACCUAUGAACCUCACCAGGAAGGUGAAUUCAUCCUCAGAGUCUUCUCAGAGAAGAGAAACACGUCCGAGGAGAUUGAAAACAAGAUUGAAGCUGAAAAUCCACCGCAGAAGAAGAAACCCAAGCCCAUCGUCUUUGUCUCAGACAGAGCAAAUGUCAAUAGAGAGAUUGAAACUGAUGGCUACAUGGAGGAAGAGGAGCUGUUAAAGAAAAAGAAGCCAGCUCCAUUUUCAGCCGCAGAGGAGAGUGAGGAGGACAAGCAGUUUAGGACUAUCUUCCAGCAGAUUGCAGGAGAUGAUAUGGAGAUCACAGCCAAUGAACUGAAGAAUGUGUUGAACAGAGUGGUGGCCAAACAUAAAGACCUGAAGACGGAUGGGUUCACCCGGGAGUCUUGCCGGAGUAUGAUAGCACUGAUGGAUACAGAUGGAUCAGGGCGUUUGAACCUGCAGGAAUUCUACCAUCUUUGGAAUAAAAUCAAGCAGUGGCAGGGAAUUUUCAAACAGUAUGACAGUGACCACACCGGAACCAUUAACAGCUAUGAGAUGAGGAAUGCUGUGAAUGAUGCCGGGUUCCGUCUGAAUAACCAACUGUAUGACAUUAUCACAAUGCGGUAUGCAGAUGACAAAAUGAAUAUCGAUUUUGACAGUUUCAUCUGCUGUCUGGUGCGGCUGGAAGGGAUGUUCAGGGCAUUUCAAGCAUUUGACAAAGAUGGUGAUGGCCUGAUUAAGCUCAGUGUACUGGAGUGGCUCCAGCUCACCCUGUAUGCCUAAUUUCUAGGUGACCUUCCAUCAGUCAGACCACCACAUUUCGACAUGGCAUAGGGGACUGACCAGCCAGCCACUCAUUCAUUUUUACCUCACGUUCACAACAACAUUCUCAGUGUGUCAUGUAGGCCGCUGUAUGUCCUUCACUGGAAAGAGAGUUCCCCCGUGCUAACAGGGGCCUACCAUCAACUGGAUAGCCUUCUUGUUUGAUGUUGCACCAUUUUUAUGUUUUCAGCAUUAAGACUUGCAUGGCCCUGAAAUGCUUGUAGAGACUCUCCUAAACUCAGGUAGCUCACUACAAUUCCAGUAUAAAGGAAUCUUUACUUGGCUCACUCCCAGAGCCUACGGCCUAGACAGCUCUUAGUCCUUACCUCAUCAAAUCUUUGACUUACCAGUUGUAGACUCAGCCUGCACCUCCAACCACACAGCACCCGAAUCUUAGUGUUGACAAUUUAAAUAUCUGGCAUUCAUGACUUUUAAUACAGUUCUCUACAGACUUUAGAAAGCUAAUCAUACAGGUUUUGUCUUGUAACAUAUCUAAAGAGCUACCCCCGUGACCCUGUAGUUAGGAUAUAGCGGGUUGGAUAAUGGAUGGACAUCUAAAGAGGUUAUCUGUUAACUGGUGAGUAAUAAGUGGAGAUAGAAUUCUACAGAGACGCACAUCUUAUUCAUUUGGCCAAGCCUUCAGCUACGUAGUUCUGAUUGCAACAAACAUGCUUAUGGCAAAGAAAGUUUGCUGUUCCACAGCCUAGUUAAGGUACCACUCUCCAGGGCUUAGCUAUUUCUUUAUACCACAUUAUGCUACUCUCGGUAAACAUAUCCUGACAAUAGGCAACCUAUCCAGGCCACGCUGAGCUAAAUAUACCUUCAGAUGUAAAAAGCAGAAGGUCCUUUGAAAAUGAAAGGUUGCUGCUGCUGCUUCAGUGUGUGAUGUAAAAUACCCAGCAGUGUCACUGAGCAGUCAGUUCCGCUUACCACCACACUGAAGAGCACCUGGGCCUCACUGCCACUAAAUCCAGGCCUCACUCACCUCAUGACUUUUUGUAGGAAGCGGAAAUAAUAGCAAAAUUAUCCCGAGGUGUAAGCAUUGCUCAACAAUAAAUGUCAUUGCUCCGGUGGCCCUGGCAUGUCUGCAUUAGCAGACUUGAUUAUGCUACAUGUACAGUGAUAUGUAAAAGUUUGGGCACCCCUGAAAAAAGUACAUGUCGAGAUUUUAAGUGAUGAACAU